ACAGUUACGCGCAUCUUGCCUUGGCAGAGGUUUUUUCAGGGGUGUUAGAUGGCGCGGCUCUCUUACCGGAGUGAUUGGCUCAAUUUUAUCACACGAUAUGCACGGGUGUCGCCGGCAGUGCACUUUAAAAUCAGCCUCAAAACACCACCACCAAGGCAAAUGGGGCCUUCGAGAGCUAUGUGAACAUGUGUGACACUACUUUCCAAAUGUUCAACCUUGGUGUCUCUUGCAUUUCUUUUCUUCUUUCUGACGAGGGUCACCCCCUUUCUGGUGAUGGAUGCUGAUGUGGAGAUGGUCUUACUCCCCGGCAUGUCAGCUGGAAAUGUUGACGAAACCGAUUCCAUAGAGAGUUGGUUUGAAACUUCUUCAAGUAGCCCAUCCGAGUAUUCCAAACAGGCAUACGAGUCAGCCAAAAUAUAUUUCCUCGAGCACUUGGGAGCCGAUGGAACGGCGCGAGUGUUGAUAGAGCAGAAUCAUUCAAUUCUUGAUGUCCUAAGGGUUGUCAACGACGCCCGGAAACGCUAUCAUGUCAAACGGAACUCAAAAGCGUCUAAGUGGCUUGCCCGUGUUUCUGAAAAAGUAGCACAUUAUGGCACGGUGCUCGACGUGUUCGUCCAGCACCAUCCCGAAUACGUCUCCUUGGUAUGGGGGACCUUCAAACUCUUGUUCAGCGCAGUCUGUAACCACGAAACACAGGUGAAGGAAUUAGCCAAGACAUGCACACAAAUUGCCAACAUCCUUGAUCGAGCUGAGAUCACCUUGAGGCUUUACUCCUCAGAAAGACUUAUGGGGGCCGUUUCAGAGCUCUACGUCAAUAUACUGGAGUUUCUGAAGCACGCUGUGAAAUGGUACGCAAAGGGUCGGCUUGGGCGAGCCUGGACCGCGAUCGCUAGACCCUGGGAGCUUGGCUUUCGCGAUUAUGUCCUUGAGAUCAAGGCCGUCUCUAAGAGAAUCGAAGGCGUCGCCGAGGUCGCAUCGCAAGCAGAACUCCGCGCCACACGCCUGGAGACGAAACAGGUUCGGGAGGAACUUGCUUUGACCAAGCUUCAGCUAGAACGAUUGUUGCCCAUGAUGGAACAAAUAUACUCUCUGCAGAACCAGCUGCAGGUUGACUACUCAUCGUCAAUGGGUGCAAUACAAAGGGUGGAGCAUAAUCAGAUAUUAUCCCUGCCCAUUAUGGCGCAUCUGCCCACCCCAGGCCAAGCCAUGAACUAUUGCCGCUCGAUUCGGAACAGGAGAAGACAGCGAUACCAUCUUGCGGCACCCACUGUACGCCAAUUCGAGGACUGGUCCAGAGGAGCCGCAUCUUCCUUCAUCUUCACCUCUGCCGCCAAUGGCCAAAUCUCCCGGGAUUUCCUGGUGGACUCCGUUGAGAUGAUCAAAAGCUCGCAGCGCUCAGUAGUCUGGGUAAUGAGAUACGAAAACUAUUGGGAGAAACCACUUACCUCCAUCGACCUGCUUAAAGUCCUCGUGCUGCAGUGCCUACAAAUUAACCCUAGAGUCUUGCGGACAAGCCCUUUUCCGCCGACGGUGGCGUCGUUCCUCGAUGCCGUUGACGAGCACGACUGGCUGUCGAUCCUGAACCGAACGGUCAUGGGAUUACCAAUGCUUUACGUCGUGUUAGACGCGGAUGUAGUCAAUGCCGCCGUGAAUCGCGACAAAAUUGCAGCCACCAGGUUGCUAGAGAGUUUCACACGUAUUGCGUCUUCCACAUCUGUCAAAGUCGUCGUGGAGAGAACUGCGGUAGACAGAAACUACAUUCGCAGGGCAUGGAAUGAUCGUACGUGGUCGGAUGCCCGCAUCGACGGUGGCGAUGGGAAGAGAGGACCGAGCACCAAUUUCUUUGUGCAAAGACGAACACAAAGGCGCAGGAGGCGAUGAUCAUACCAUAUUUUCUAUUGUUUAAAAACUAAAUUAUAGUCUGAAGUUAAAACAGUGAGCUGUGAAAAGGAGUUAUAUGCAGUUG